GAACUCGUAAAGGCUAUACGUCAUACGCUCUCAAAGACUGUGAAAGACGGCUUCACAUAACAAGGGGAGACUUUGGUGAAAACAGAACAAUACACUGGCGAGAAUCUAGCGAGAUAAUCUACAAUUAAUCGUCGCAAUGGCCCGAUCAUCUGGACAACAUAAAUGCGGUCUUAUAUUUUGUGGUAUUACGAUGCUGAUCUUAGGUUCUGGGAUUACGAUUACGGGAUUUUUAAACGAUUUCUUGGAUCCCUACGAUGAGCUAUCGAAACCCACUAGAAUCUAUUUUACCCACACGCAAUAUUGGCUCGGAAUUCCACUAUUUCUGCUGGGAGUCUUCGUAACUACUACAUCAUGUUCUAAAAUUAGUUGCCUGAAAGUCUUCGGUUUAAUGGCAGCAUCGAUGGCGUUGAUAUUAGCAAUGUUUGCCGUGGUUUUGGAAGGCCCUGAGUGGCGAAGGACUCUUAAGUACACAGCUGUAAUAAAUGAUUUGAAAUGCAACAGCACGGAGGAUAGAGGAUGUGUUUGUCGUCAAGAUGACAAGGAUUCCUCGAUCAUUCUUGGUAUGGCGAUUCCCUCGAUUUCGUGCGAUGAGAUAAAGUACCGUGCUGUUAUCUAUUCUGUUAUGGUGGGUUUCUCUGUGCUCGCUAUUCCGUUCUGUCUUUUUUGCGCCUUCAUUUACUUCAGAAUCUUGGGAUGGAUGUUACAUAUCAGUUACGAUAACCCGAUUGAUGACUAUUACGCGAAGGCGGUUAACAGCCAUUUUAUCAACGGUCAUCACGGGCGAGGAGUGGGACGAGCUAAUGAGGUGGCCCUUGGAACAUAUCCUCAUUAACAGCCAGAUAUAAUCGCCCACUAAAACUUCAUAAUAAAAACAAGUACUAAAUCUCAACAAAUCCUCAACGCAUUGGUUGCUUGCGGAUAUUUUAUACCAUUAAUGUUAGAAGUAAUGGUAGCCGGGUUUUGUUCAAAAGCGCUGAUAUUUAUAGGAUUCAUGAUGAAAUUACACGUAGUCGUAACUAAAUUAGUAUAUAGCUAUAUUGAAGCAGAGAUGUGUGUUACAAGAUACUGUGGAUAACAUAUUCAUUAUUGUCUUAUUGGCCGUAAUUAAUGUAAUUUUAAAUGGACUGCUCUUAGAGUACGACUGUAUUCAAAAGAAUACGACUAAUUUCAAGGUUUCAUACACAAUGUUUUUUACGAUAAACACGUAACGUACGAUAUAUUUAUCUCAGCCAAUGGCGAUGAGACAAUGUCAAGAUGCUACGUGACCUACUUCCAAAUGUUGUUUAUA